AUGGCCAGUAAGGUUACCUUUCUAGGACUGCUUGCUCUCUCUUGCUAUGUUGCGUCAGCAGCCGAUCAAAGUCCCCUUCAAGAUUUCUGUGUCGCAAACCGAAAUAGCACAGUGUUAGUGAAUGGUUUUGCUUGCAAAGACCCAAAGCUGGUCGAAGCCAGUGAUUUCAUGUUCACUGGGCUUCAUUUGUUGGGCAACACAUCCAAUCCUGUUGGUUCAAGGGCGACACCAGUCACAGUAGCCCAAGUACCAGGACUUAAUACACUUGGCAUCUCCAUGGUUCGCCUAGAUUUCGCCCCAUUUGGUGUUAACCCUCCUCACACACAUCCGAGGGGUAGUGAAAUCCUGACCGUCUUAAAAGGCCGACUCGAAGUUGGGUUUGUCACUUCCAACCCAGAAAAUCGCCUUAUCACUGCAAUACUACGCAAGGGCGAUGUGUUUGUAUUCCCAGUGGGUCUUGUCCAUUUCCAACGCAACAUUAGAAAUGGUAAAGCUAUUGCCAUUGGAGCUUUCAAUAGCCAGAACGCAGGUGUUAUCACUAUUGCUAAUGCAGUGUUUGGCUCAAAGCCAGAUAUUUCUAGUGUUGUUCUUCAGAAAGCUUUUCAAGUUGAUCAGAAUGUGAUUAGUCAACUCCAGAAAAAGUUUUAG